UGUAUUUUAUUUCAGAUUAGCAGACGUGAAAGAGGCCGCCAUGGGAAAUUGCUAAACACACCCUCUCCUCCCUCUCAUUCAGAUAUGGUCACUUCCGGCUCCUUAACACGACCAGAGUCAAGUCAGGGAUGUUAUUGCUGCUGCGUACUUCUUUUAAGUAGCACAGAGGAAUGACCUUUGCAUUCAGUCAUGCACCUUUACAGAAUAGAAUGCAUUGGUGCAAAUUAACAGACGCAUAAAGAAGGUAAAAUGAGCCAUUUGCUGCUCACAUCUUUUCCCCCUCUUUUUGUAAACUGGUGCGAGUUGAAUCAAAGUGAACGUUCAGUCCUCUUGCAGCUCCUCAGUCCUCCUGUAGGAGGCGCAGCUCAUUACAAACGACCGAGUGUGGAGUGUGGAGGCUCGUCUGUUGUUCGUGUUUCUCCGUCCGCUUAUUGAUCAGCAGAUUAUUGUUUACGGCGGAAGCUCCACAUCCGGGGAUGUAGAGGAGCCCGCCCCCUCCCUGCUGCUGCAGCAUCCUCUCAUCCGGCAGACAGACAGGUGGAGCUCCUCCCGCAGACAGACAGGUGCACAGACAGACAGGUGGAGCUCCUCACGCUGCAGUGAUGUUGGUGUCUCCCAGCCUUGCCGACCUUUCCCGUCUGUACCAGACUGAGUUUGUGCGGAGCGCCCGGGCCGUUGGCGUCCUCUGGGCCGUCUGCACUCUCUGCUUUGCCAUCAUCCAGGUGGUUAUCCUGGUGCAGCCGUCCUGGAUCUGCACCACAGACGUUCGCCCACAGCAGGCGGGACCAGAGCCACCCAGCGGCACACUGGGACUGUUUGAGGUGUGCAUGGAGUCAGACUGGCCGGUCCCAGACUGUCACGGUGGUCUGUCCACUCUGUCUCCACUGCCGUCCUUGCAGUCGGUGGCGGUGUUGGUGGGAGUGUCUCUGUUGGCGGUGUGGACCAGCGUCCUCUGUCUCUGUCUCUUCAGGUUCUGCAGCGCCGCAACGGUUUACAAGAUCUGCGCCUGGCUGCAGCUGACUGCAGGUUUCUGUCUGGCGUUGGCGUGUCUUCUGUUUCCUGACUCAUGGGAGAGUCAGGAGAUGAAAGCUCUGUGCGGAGACUCGGUGGGCAGCUUCUCUCCAGGUAACUGCUCAGUUCACUGGGCCUACAUUCUGGCCAUCCUGGGAGUUCUUGAUUAUGCCAUCUUGGCCACACUGGCCUUCGUCCUCGCCAACAGACAGGACGCCCUACUUCCACCAGAUACCCAGGAAUUGACCGCAGGUCUGCUGAUGACAGCAUGAAUCAGCAGGGAUGUUCGGUCUUCAUUUCUUCAACUCCGCCCGACCUCUUCAUCCUCCAUCAUCAUCAUCAUCUGUUUCUGCAUUUCAUGGCACGACUGUCUCCUUCAGCUGCAAUCGUUCAUUGCUGCAUGAUGUUUCCAGGAGGAGUUGUUUAGUGUUGAACAGAGGAAUGUAACAACAGGAGGAAAGAGGCUCUGCGGUGGUGAGGUUGGUGUUCGGGACAUUCGGUCGCUGUUCAGUUGAAGAAAAAUGGUGAGAAAACGAGCGAGAUGGAGUAAAUCAAAGGAGAACUAAGCCCCUUUUAGACCUCCAGUUUUUAUCUUCACUCUCAUAUUAGUGAUACCGUCAUAACAGCUGUGUCAGCAGGCUGGACCCACCUCCAAUAGAUGCCGUCAGCACAGGUCGUUUGAGUUGCAGGUGAUUUUUUUAUUUAUUUAUUUUUUAACUAACCACUGGGAGCAAAAUGAAGUGUUGGUACUGGAUGAGCACAAUUAAUAGAUCACUACAUAGUAACAUUUCUACACAGUGUGGCAAUCAAUCAGGACAACUUUAAAGCAGAAACAAAUUCGUCCCACGCAUUAAAUUAAAAUAUAUUUGGGAUAUUUUCCGGAAAAACUCAAGUCAGCAAAUUGAAGGAAAGUCUUAGAUUUCUCUACCGACUUCCUGUUCUGUCAAGCCAUCCUUUUAGCUUAGUAUCAGCUUUAUCUUAUGGUCCAUCAAGCCUUAUGAUUAAGACAGUUUUAGUAACUGUUUCUGCAGCUUUUAAAAUUUACAAAAGUUGUAGAAGAAAGAAAAAAAAUCUGCUUUGUAGGUAAAAGUUAAAACUCCAGUUAACAGCCUAGAGUUGAUAUGUUAAAUCUCAUAUUUUGGGGGUGAAACUGUAUCCCCGCCACUGUCUUUCCAUUUAGACUGGCUUUAUGUUAAUAUGAAACUUGUUAUACUGUUGCUUUUUGUUUGACUUUUAAGCUACAUUAACUAACUAAUGGUGUUGAAUAUUCAUGUUAAACAUGAUGUUGUAAAGGUAAUCCCUGUGACUUCCCCGCAGAUUUCAAGAUGAACGUGUGGCCCAGCACUGAUGAGAAGCACAAUUGUUAGACAGUAUUAUUCUACCCUUAAAUUUGGUCUUGCUUGGUA